UAAGCAAUCCUGUAUUACCGCACCGCUCCGUUUUUUCUUCACCACUUCAGCAACCCUCGCCGGGCUUGCACUCUAUAUAACUUUCCGUUACUCCGUCCGUUUUGUUUCUCUGCCACAUUUGCGCUGCUCGGAAAGAGAGAACUCUGGGAUGCCCUUCCUAAGGACUAAGAGAGCGGACGAUCGGGUAAUUGCGAGCGCUCAUCAAAUCGGUGAUGUUGUCAGCCAUGAAUGCUAGGAGGGAUCUCCGGAACAACAGGGUUGCCCUUUUUGAUGGCAUUGAAGAGGGCGGUAUCAGGGCAUCAUCCUCAUACUCUUCCCAUGAAAUUGAUGAACAUGACAAUGAAAGAGCACUAGAUGGAUUGCAAGAUAGAGUCAAUUUGCUAAAAAGAUUGUCAGGUGAUAUAAAUGAGGAGGUGGAUAACCAUAACCGCAUGCUGGACCGAAUGGGCAAUGAUAUGGAUGCAUCAAGAGGAGUCCUUUCAGGCACUAUGGACAAAUUUAAAAUGGUAUUCGAGACAAAAUCGAGCCGGAGAAUGUUCACACUUGUGGUCUCAUUUGUUGUAGUUUUUCUUAUAGUAUACUAUCUCACUAGGUAACUGUCAUCUGCAUUGGGAUUGAGAAUGUGCUGUUCUUAAUUUUACUGUAUUUAUCGUUAAUGGUAAGAUCCGCUGCUGUGUUUGUAUAAAGAUUUUGAUAAUAUAAACAGAUAUUGAACGCGAAGGGCAAUGUUCAUACUCAGUUUGCUGUA